AUGACAGAGAUUUUUGGUGGGGCAUUUCUUUCGCCACCUGUGUUUCAAGUGAUUCUUGAGAGGUUAGCUUCAAGUGAUUUCAGACUCAACUUCGGCGCAAGGCUGAUGAAAAGACUUGAAAUCGCACUGGUUUCUAUUAAAAAAGUGAUGGAUGACGCAGAUACAUUGCAGUACCAAACCCUGAAGAGUUGGCUUGAUAAUCUCAAACAUGAGGUAUACGAAGUAGAGCAACUAUUGGAUGUGAUUGCUACUGACAUACAACGAAAGGGAAAGAAGAAACGACGCUUUCGUUCAAGUUCUAUUGAUCCAGGAUUUGAAUCUAUGAUUGUAGUAUCGCUGAAGAGGAUAUAUGCUCUUGCAGAGAAAAAUGAUAGAUUGAGACGUGACUAUAGUGAUAGAAGAGGAGUCACUCUUGGGAUAUUACCAACUGCAUCUUUCAUGGAUGAUUAUCAUGUCAUAUAUGGUAGAGGGAAUAGAUUUGGAUUUCAUGAAUUAAAUAAUGUUAAUUAUGAGAUUGGAGUUAGUUGGAAAUUAUUAAGCGAAUUUGCAAAUGUAUCUUUGGUGGAUGAAUCGGUCAUAUAUGGUCGAGAGCAUGAGAAAGAAGAAAUAAUCAAUUUCUUGCUUUCUGAUAGUGACAGUGACAACCAGGUGCCCAUAAUCAGUAUAGUGGGUCUGAUUGGGAUAGGUAAGACAACCCUUGCCCAGCUUGUUUACAAUGACCACAGGAUAGUGGAGCAAUAUGAACUUAAAGCUUGGGUCUAUCUUUCAGAAUCUUUUGAUGUUCUUCGUCUCGCCCAAACAAUUCUCAAGUCAAUUCAUUGUUCACCACGAGAAUUUAGUAAUGACUUGAUAAUGCUCCAACGUGAAUUGCAACAUAUGCUGAGGGGAAAGAAAUAUUUGCUUGUUCUAGAUGGUGUCAGGAACAUAGAUGGGAAGAUAUGGGAGCAGUUACUACUUCUUUUUAAAUGUGGAUCUUCAGGAAGUAAGAUGAUCGUGACAACACGGGACAAGGAAGUAGCAUCAAUCAUGAGAUCCACCCGGCUACUUCAUUUAUAUCAAUUGGAGGAAAGUGACUCUUGGAGGAUAUUUGUGAAUCAUGCUUUUCGAGGCAGGAAUUUGUUUGAUUUUCCAAAUCUUGAGUCGGUUAUCAAGAAAGUGGCAGAAAAGUGUGGAGGGUUGCCUUUAGCUCUGAAAACAUUGGGUAAUCUUUUGAGAAUACGAUUUUCUAAACUUGAAUGGGAUCAGAUAUUGGAGACUGAUUUGUGGUGUUUAUCAGAGGGUGAGAACAACAUUAACCCCGUACUAAGAUUGAGUUUCUUUAACCUCCCUUCCGAUCUGAAGCGUUGUUUUGCUUAUUGUUCUAUAUUUCCCAAGGGCUAUGAGUUUGAGAAGAGUGAACUAAUUAAGCUUUGGAUGACAGAAGAUUUGUUGAAGUGUUGCGGAAGAGACAAAAGUGAACAAGAGUUGGGUAAUGAAUUCUUUGAUCAUCUAGUGUCAAUAUCAUUUUUCCUAAGUAUGCCAUUAUGGGAUGGUAAGUACUACAUGCAUGAUCUUGUUAAUGAUUUAGCCAAUUCAGUGUCAGGAGAAUUCUGUUUCCGUAUAGAAGGUGAAAAUGUGCAAGAUAUCUCAGAAAGGACACGUAACAUUUGGUGCUGCCUUGAUUUGAAGGAUGGUGACAGAAAACUAGAGCAUAUUCACAAAGUUACUGGACUACGCAGUCUGAUGGUAGAAGCACAGGGCUACGGUGACCAACGCUUUAAGAUAAGCACCAAUGUGCAGCAUAAUUUGUUUUCAAGACUAAAAUAUUUGCGGAUGCUGUCUUUCUCUGGUUGCAACCUCUUAGAGCUAUCCGAUGAGAUAAGGAAUUUAAAGCUUUUGCGCUAUCUAGACCUUUCCUACACUGACAUUGUAAGCUUACCUAAUUCCAUUUGUAUGCUAUAUAAUUUGCAGACACUCUUAUUGGAAGAGUGCUUUAAAUUGACUAAGCUACCUUCAGAUAUCUACAAACUCGUCAAUUUACGUUAUCUUAAUCUGAAAGGCACUCAUAUUAAGAAGAUGCCAACGAAGAUAGGAGCAUUAGACAAGCUUGAGAUGCUGAGUGAUUUUUUUGUCGGAAAGCAGCGUGGAUUUGAUAUUAAGCAGUUGGGGAAACUCAACCAACUUCAAGGAAGGCUUCAAAUUUCUGGGUUGGAAAAUGUCAAAAAAACUGCACAUGCUGUGGCAGCGAAUUUGGAAGAUAAAGAACAUUUAGAAGAAUUAAGUAUGUCAUAUGAUGGAUGGAGAAAAAUGAAUGGAUCAGUAACUAAAGCAGAUGUCUCUGUCUUGGAGGCUCUUCAACCAAAUAAAAACCUCAUGAGGCUCACCAUCAAAGACUAUGGAGGCAGUAGCUUUCCAAAUUGGGUUGGGUAUCGUCAUUUACCCAAUUUAGUAUCUCUUGAAUUGUUGGGAUGUAAAUUCUGUUCCCAGUUACCACCACUUGGGCAGUUCCCCUUUCUCGAGAAGCUUUCCAUUUCAGGCUGUGAUGGAAUAGAGACCAUUGGAACAGAGUUUUGCGGCUAUAAUGCUUCAAGUGUUCCAUUUAGAUCCCUUGUAACUUUGCGAUUUGAGCAAAUGUCUGAAUGGAAGGAAUGGUUAUGUCUUGAAGGUUUCCCUUUGCUACAAGAGCUUUGUAUAAAACAUUGUCCCAAGUUGAAAAGUUCCCUGCCUCAACACCUUCCUUCAUUGCAAAAAUUGGAGAUUAUUGAUUGCCAAGAGCUGGAGGCUUCAAUUCCCAAGGCUGAUAAUAUCAGUAAGCUAGAACUAAAGAGAUGUGAUGAUAUUUUGAUAAAUGAAUUGCCCUCUACCUUGAAAACGGUCAUCCUUGGUGGAACUCGCAUCAUUCGAUCCUCCCUAGAGAAAAUUCUAUUUAACAGUGCCUUUCUAGAAGAGUUGGAAGUUGAAGACUUCUUUGAUCAUAAUCUAGAAUGGUCCUCUUUGGAUAUGUGUAGCUGUAAUUCUCUUCGCACUCUAACUAUAACAGGUUGGCACUCUUCCUCCUUGCCUUUUGCUCUACACUUGCUCACCAAUCUUAAUUCUCUCGUUUUGUACGAUUGUCCACUGCUGGAGUCGUUUUUCGGCAGGCAGUUACCUUCCAGCCUAUGCAGCCUCCGAAUAGAAAGAUGUCCUAAAUUAAUGGCUUCGAGAGAGGAGUGGGGUUUGUUCCAACUCGAUUCUCUGAAACAAUUCAGUGUUAGUGAUGAUUUUCAAAUCUUAGAGUCCUUUCCGGAGGAGAGUCUGCUUCCAUCAACUAUUAAAUCCUUUGAGUUAACAAAUUGUUCCAACCUAAGAAAAAUAAACUACAAGGGUCUUCUCCACCUCACUUCACUUGAAUCUCUAUGUAUUGAAGACUGCCCUUGUCUUGACAGCUUGCCAGAGGAGGGUCUACCCAGCUCCCUUUCUACUUUGUCCAUUCAUGACUGCCCAUUAAUUAAGCAGAAGUACCAAAAGGAGGAAGCUGAGCUUUGGCAUACAAUUAGUCACAUUCCUGAUGUAACAAUUUCCUGA